CAUGGAGCCCGAGCUGGAACACACACUGUGCAGGACCCCCUCCUGGAGCAGCCUUGGGGGGCCGGAGCAUCAAGAGAUGAGCUUCCCAGAGCAAGGGGACAGCACUUCAUGGCCAUCACCAGCUGUGACCGCCAGCUCAGAAAGAAUCUGUGGGAAACGGAGGGCCAAGGCCUCAAGAUGGACGAGGCAGGAGGCCAUGGAGGAAGGGGAGCCGCCGGGUCUAGGGGAAGGUUCCCGGGCCAGGCCAGCUGCUGAGUCCACUGGGCUGGAGGCCACAUUCCCCAAGGCCACACCCUUGGCCCAAGCUCCUGCCUUGGUCAGAGUGGGCACCCCACCAACAGGGGACUUCCUCCCCUCUGACUGUGCAGCCUCAGCAGCGGGUUCCAGCACAGAUGAUGCAGAGCUGGCCACAGAGUUCCCGACCACAGAGGCCUGGGGGUAUGAGCUGGAAGGCGUGGUAGAAGAGAGGCCUGCCCCAUGCCCGUCCCCACAGAUCCCGUUACCAAAGCUGGGCUGGGACGACGAGCUGCAGAAGCCCGGGGCCCAGGUCUACAUGCGCUUCAUGCAGGAGCACACCUGCUACGACGCCAUGGCAACCAGCUCCAAGCUGGUCAUCUUCGACACCACGCUGGAGAUCAAGAAGGCCUUCUUUGCCUUGGUGGCCAAUGGCGUGCGGGCAGCACCUCUGUGGGACAGCAAGAAGCAGACCUUUGUGGGGAUGCUGACCAUCACGGACUUCAUCCUGGUGCUGCACCGCUACUACAGGUCCCCGCUGGUCCAGAUCCAUGAGAUUGAAGAGCAUAAGAUCGAGACCUGGCGGGAGAUCUACCUGCAAGGCUGCUUCAAGCCUCUGGUCUCCAUCUCUCCCAAUGACACCCUGUUUGAAGCUGUCUACACCCUCAUCAAGAACCGGAUCCAUCGCCUGCCCGUCCUGGACCCAGUCUCUGGCGACGUACUCCACAUUCUCACACACAAGCGGCUGCUCAAGUUCCUGCACAUCUUUGGUGCCCUGCUGCCCCGGCCCUCCUUCCUCUACCGCACCAUCCAAGAUCUGGGCAUCGGCUCAUUCCGAGACUUGGCGGUGGUGCUGGAGACAGCGCCCAUUCUCACCGCGCUGGACAUCUUUGUGGACCGGCGCGUGUCUGCGCUGCCUGUGGUCAACGAAUGUGGUCAGGUCGUGGGACUCUACUCCCGCUUCGAUGUGAUUCACCUGGCUGCCCAGCAAACCUACAACCACCUAGACAUGAGUGUGGGAGAAGCCCUGAGGCAGAGGACAGUGUGUCUGGAGGGAGUCCUUUCCUGCCAGCCGCACGAGAGCUUGGGGGAAGUGAUCGACAGGAUUGCGCGGGAGCAGGUACACCGGCUGGUACUAGUGGACGAGACCCAGCAUCUCCUGGGUGUGGUCUCCCUUUCCGACAUCCUUCAAGCGAUUGUGCUCAGCCCUGCUGGCAUCGAUGCCCUCGGUGCCUGAGGAUGUCUGGGUCCUCACUCCCAAGCCAUCUCCACACCCAGAAGCCAACGAAGGGAGCCGGGGGAUCGGCCUUCAUCUUCCCCUUCCCCCUUUGGUGGUGCUGCUCUGGUUCAGGUA